AUGCACAGACGUUCGUCUGGCUCCCCUGUCGCCGACGACACUGAAGAUUCAUCGGCUCGAUCAGACGAUCAUGGCUCUAAUGCUAUCGAAGCCCCCAACGAUAAAUCGCGGUCGCAGAUAGCUCGUCACGGCACCAGCUUUGAUCUUCGCCGAGAUAACGGCAGCUCGACGCCGCGCUCGCGGAAUUCGAGCUUGUGGCGCACGCCUUCGUCUCAACCAUCCAACGACACCAAGCCUAUGCCAUUGGGCUCCCCGCGGCUUCCAAUGGAGGCCCCCUCCCCCGAGGGCCGUCGUGCGCGCCAGUCCCGACAGCGCAGUCCGUGGUCGUCCUCUAUUCUCACCGUCUGCACCACUUUCGUCGCCGUCGCGUUCUUAUUAUCAAUUCUUCGAUCGUUCACCGGUCGGCAUACUGGAGGGGAUGGCUGCGGAGUACCAAUGAUGAGCCCGACGUUCAUUCGCAUGGUGGAAUUCGAUACGGAACAUACCCGAUUCGCGAGCAAGUAUAAUUUAUUCCUCUAUCGGGAAGAGGGUGUGGAUCCAUAUACUCAAGAUAAUAUCGGGUUAAAUGGUGUACCAGUUUUGUUCCUUCCCGGAAACGCAGGCAGCUACCGACAGGUCCGGUCUCUGGCCGCGGAGGCGUCGCGACAUUACUACGAUGUGGUACGGCAUGACGAGGAACGACAUGCGGCCGGUACACGGAGCUUGGAUUUCUUUAUGGUGGAUUUUAAUGAGGACAUGGCCGCAUUUCACGGACAGACCUUAUUAGACCAGGCGGAAUAUGUCAAUGAGGCGAUUGCAUACAUCCUCGCUCUCUACCAUGACCCGCAACGGACUCGACGGGACCCCGCACUGCCAGACCCUAGUGCGGUGAUCUUGAUCGGUCACUCAAUGGGUGGCAUUGUUGCACGCACAGCCCUGACUAUGGCCAACUACCAGGCCAACUCGGUCAAUACGAUCAUCACCAUGUCUGCGCCGCACGCAAGACCCCCAGUAUCAUUCGACUCCGAUAUCGUUCAUACCUAUAAACAAAUCAACGACUAUUGGCGCGAGGCCUACUCGCAGACAUGGGCUAACAACAAUCCGCUAUGGCAUGUCACUCUUGUUUCCAUCGCGGGUGGCUCGCGCGACACCGUGGUGCCGUCUGAUUACACCAGCAUUUCGUCCCUUGUCCCGGAAACGCAUGGAUUUACCGUUUUCACAUCCUCGAUUCCUGACGUGUGGAUUGGCAAUGACCAUCUGUCUAUCACUUGGUGUGACCAAUUCCGCAAGGCGAUCAUUAAAUCACUUUUUGACAUCAUCGAUGCCCGACGUCCAACUCAAACAAAACCCAGGGCAGAGCGCAUGCGAGAGCUCAAGCGGUGGUAUUUGACUGGUUUGGAGGAUGUUUCUGAGAGAACCCUUGCCCAGAAAGAACCCAAUACCCUUUUAACCCUCGAAGACAAUGCAAACACCAUCCUUGCUCUGGGUCAGCGGCUUGUUCUUCGUGAAAUGGGCCAACGACAAGGCCCUGAUGUUCGCCUUCUGCCGAUUCCACCACAGGGUGUUGCAGGCAAGAAAUUCACUCUUCUCACCGAUCAGGUCAUUGGUGCUCAGGGUAAUAUUGAAGUGCUAUUUUGCAGUGUAUUUCCUCUGAACAAUGGCCGGUCGAACGUCUUCUCUAUGAACAUGGAUUUCUCUGGUGGUACCGCGGGAUCUACCCGAUUGGCUUGUAAGAGCGCACCGAGAGAUGUGAUUCACUUGCCUGCUUCUACUUCUUCGUCGAAGCACGCUUAUGACCGUGUCCCGCCAUUCUCCUACUUCCAGUACGAUCUGGAGGGUCUUGCUGAGCAUCAGUUUGUGGCCGUCGUGGACAAGGCCAGCGUACCUGCGCAAGGCUUCCUGGUCGCGGAGUUUUCGGAUAGCUCGGACGCGAUUAUCCGCGCUAAAGUGGGAUUGGGCAGUCUGCUGAGUGCAGGUAUCAAUAUGCGACUGCCCGCGAAUCGGCCGAUGCUCACUGAAAUCAAGAUCCCUGCCUUGCACUCCAGUCUGCUGGACUACCGGUUGAAGAUCACACGGCAUCCUCAGAAGGACGAGCUUUUUGCGCCACUCUUGCGGCAGUCUAUUGCCGACCCUCAUGAGUCUAAAUUCUUCGUGAAUGUUGAACAGGUCAAUGUUAACCUCCACGGUGCUGCCCCAUUCAUGCCGCCUCCGCUCCGUGAGCAGGCUGCCCAGACUGGCGUGUCAUUUCAAUUGUGGACUGACCCUAGCUCCGGAUCAACGGUCGAUAUCUCGCUCCAAGUUGACAUUAAGAGUAGUCUUGGGGAGCUUGUGAUGCGAUACCGCACCAUCUUUGCGGCAUUUCCAUUGCUAGUUGUAGCCCUUGUGAUUCGCAAGCAAUUCCAGGUAUACGAUGAGACAGGCUAUUUCAUCCCCUUCAACGACGGUCUCGAUAAGGCUCUCCGGUCCUCUCUCCCCUUGUUAUUAGUGGCGAUGUCCCUUCUAGCGUCUUCCCUUGCUACCUCCAAGGCACUCCCCCAAUCCGACGACCCCUUCCACUGGCGCACCAAUUCUACGGAGACCCCGGUCGAUUUCACCAAGAAUGAUCUUCUUUUGGGAUCACAGGAUGCGUUCUUUUGGUUUCUUGUUCCGAUAUUUGGGGUCAUGAGUGUUGGUGUCUGUCUGUUAGUCAAUUAUGUGGCUCUCUUCUUGGUCAACAUCUUCUCUUUGAUGUAUGGGGCUGUGAAUAGCAAGUCUGGUUAUAUUCGACGUGAAGACCGAGGAACUCUACCGAUCUUCAGUACCCCUACGCCUCGGCGCCGUGUAAUUCAUACUAUCGUGUUGUUGGUUCUCGUUUCCACGAUUAUACCCUAUCAGUUUGCCUACAUGGUGGCCUGUAUUGUGCAACUUGCGACAUGUGUGCGUGCCCAGUGGCAUGCCAAAGAAACUAGAUCCACUUCUCACCUCAAUUUCGGCAAUUACGCCCACUCCAUUCUCAUCCUCAUGUUAUGGAUAUUGCCUAUCAAUGUCCUGGUUCUUCUGGUCUGGGCCCACAAUCUUGUGGUGCACUGGUUCAUGCCCUUCUCCUCCCACCACAACGUCCUGUCUAUCAUGCCAUUCCUCCUCCUUGUUGAGACUAUGACCAGUGGUGCUAUGAUUCCACGCAUCACUACCCGCUUCAAACACGUCACCUCGAUGAUUUUCUUUGCGAUUGCCAUGUACUCGGCGGUUUACGGAGUCACCUACGCAUACCUCCUCCACCAUCUUGCAAAUCUCCUUGCGGCCUGGUUUGUCGGUAUUUACUUAUUCGGCAACAACUUCUCCCCUCGUCGUUUGUGGCGCAUCAUUGAUGGCGACGAGUCUCCCUCUGAAUCAGGAAGCCGCCACGUCAAGAAAAAGCCAUGA